AUGGUUGCAUUCCAUCAGGCUAAACCAAACUGUUGGUUCGUUGUUUUGGUUGCUUUAGUAUCUGCUGCGCCGGCGCCCCAGAUUACUUCAAUUGUUACUGCAAGCCCGGAUGCUUGUGCACAAAUAUCUCCUGCGACAGCAUCAUUCCUAGCGCAAAACCCGUCUGCUACACCUACUAUUGCGGCGAGUCUAGCGCACGACUGCCUUCAAUCCGUUCCAAAUAAGCUAGAGCCGGCGAAGAAACUCGUCAACAGCUUGCAAGCUUUUGUGCAAUGGCAAAGUACAUUGGCUUGGCUGAAGAACCCGCCAUCAUCGUACACGUUACCGGCGACGGACAUAGUAGGCAGAUUGAGUAAUAUCUCUGCUACGUCCGCCUCCGGUCGCUUUGCGAGUGAAUAUGAUUUCCAGCUGGCAAUUUUUGAAACCUUUACUUCAGCACACGAUGGCCAUUUUGCUUUCCGUCCGGAUAUUUUCAAGGCAUUCGGUUUUCGUAAUGCACUCGCGUCAGACAUAGUGUCGGUUUCUUCUGAUGGGAAGGCUGUGCCCAAGCUAUACCACCGUGCUGAUCUGAACUCCACUACAACUGCGUCGGCAAUCACCAAAAUCAAUGGGCGGGAUGCGGCAGCUUUUAUUGAAGAGUUGAAUUUGAGGUUCAGCUCAUUCCAAGAUCCAGAUUCGCAAUGGAAUUCAAUGUUCCAGACCUACGCCACCCCAGGUACCGCGCUUACUGUGGCAGCAUCCCUUGCCUUUCAGGGCAAAAGUGUAACUCUUACAUAUGAAAAUGGCCAGGAAAGAACAGAGGAGAGUUUUGCGGUCCUCCGUGCAGGUGUCGAUUUUGCUGGCAUUCAAAGUGGGGAAGAUUUUUACAACCGCUUUUGUAACCCAGAUGCAGCUUCGGCUCCGACCACCACCGUCGUUACCUCAACCACAGCUACAGCUCGAAGCACUAGUACUGUUGUUGCAACGUUAUCCCCCACAAUACGAGGAUAUCCAUCCCCCAUCAUCCGAGAUAGUGGCUCAGACAGUACUUCCGGAUACUUUCUUAAUGGGACAGGCUAUGAAGAUGUAGCAGUACUCGCAGUCUCUUCGUUCUCCAAUGGGGCAAACGUCGGCACGCUCGAAUAUCUGACCAACUUUCAGAGCACAGUUGAGGGCUUCUUGUCUCAGUCAAAAAUUGCGGGCAAAAGACGUCUUAUCGUUGACCUUACAGCAAACGGGGGAGGCUUCGUGGUUGCAGGAUAUGAACUGUUCGCUCAGUUGUUUCCAGAUGUAGAGAUGUUUCAAGCCAAUAAUCUCCGUUUAGCCGAUAGUCUCGUCAAUAUUGCUCGGAUUGUUGACUCGCUACCAGCCAAUUUCAAUGUAUCUACGCCGGCCCAGCUACUUGCAGUGCAAGCGCUAUCAAGCAGUGCCAUCAUCAGUAACAUCAUACCUGGAGGUGUAUUCAGGCCUGAAGGAUCUCAGUUCAACAGUGUUGAGGACAUACUAGCCCCUGUCAGUUUACAGGGGGAUCUCUUUACUGCAUACCAAGCAACUCCCCUGAACGAAACAUCAGCUGAGUUUAAUCUGACGGGCACUGGAACGCGCUCAAUUCCUCCACCAGCUGUGUUCGCGCCGGAAAAUGUCGUGCUCCUCACUGAUGGCACUUGUGGUAGCACUUGCACCUUGUUCAGUUAUCUAAUGAUCUUGGGACUGAAUAUCAAGACAACGGCCGUUGGCGGGCGGCCGGUUGCGGGACCAAUGCAAUCCAUUGCAGGAGUUGAGGGCGCUCAGGUCUUCGAGCUCGGUGAUAUCUCGAACGUAGCCAGCGCAGUCAUCGAACUCGGCCCCGAGGUGCGAAAGGCUGAACUCCAAAAUGGAGAGCUCGGCAUCCUAGCCGAAGGGUAUGCUAUCGCACGGGCAACUGACCCAAGAAGUCCCGGCGCUGUCAACGGAAAGAAUCAAUUCGCAUCUAUGGACGCCCAAACACCUCUCCAGUUUUUAAUGCAGCCAGCGAACUGCCGCUUCUUCUACACAGCGGAGAUGCUCACCCGACCUGAGCUAGUAUGGCAGCGUGUUGUAGACGCGACAUGGACAGAUCCCGAGGCUAUGUGUGUUGCGGGAAGCCGGAUCGUAACUAAUGAAUCACAGGCACUCGACCCGUUAUUCCGGUUAAGUUCAGAGCCGCCAGCGGACAACGCAGAGUCAGGUGGUUCUGGAUUAACCAGAGCUAUUUCCCUCACCAAUAUGCUUGUUCUUCUUGCGACAGUACUCUUUAGCUUUUGUUAG